AUGGAGGAUGAAACUGACAACAGCGGUGGCAAUCAGAGCGCUUCUGGUCAGGCACGUACAUCCAAAGUAGCCGGCGACAUCUCAUCUCCGCUGAACCCGUGCUCUCCACCAUUCACCCCAGCUCGCAAUUCGGCAUCCUCCACUCAAGCCGCCUCGCCGCAUUCUUCUGGUGCCUUUGUCUGGUGUCACGAUCCCGACCGUCCUGAUCAUCUGCCUCUCUCCGUGGUCAACGCUACCGGUCAGCAGCGUGCACCAAUGUUCGCAGCUCAGAAUAUCGAGGCUCAAAAUGCACGUGAAGGCAUUCGUGAUGCGGGGCGCGAGGAUGAGAUACGUCGAAAGAAUGAUCCGGUUUCAUCUGGCGUGGCGUAUGACCAGGCGCGGGAUAAUUGGCGAUACGCGCCGAAGUACCCUCAAGCUCAGUACCCUCCUGCCCAGCAUAGGUACCAAUUUCCACCUGUGCAUGGCAUGCCUCACAUGGCACAUCAUCCAAGUCCCAAUGCCGGCUGGCAUGUACCGAACAGCUACUAUGGAUCGAACAGCCACGCCAACUGGGGACCAGGUCAUCAGGAUGCGAGGAUUAUGAACAAUCACGUUUCCCAACAUUAUCGUCGCCCUCAAAAUCCAAGCUAUCGAAGUGGAGGACCAGGUGGCUACGUUCCAACUCCAUACCCUCACGAAUGGGGUGGCUGGGACGGGAGCAAAUCCACCAAUAGCAACGGUAACUGGGGAUUUGGUGGCUAUGGGUCUCGUUGA